CCUGCAACGCCUGCAAUAGCUUUUAGUUUAGCAAAUAACCACAAAUAACCUUUGUGGCCUCCAUCUAGCUACCCCUUUACCAAACUUUCUGAAGACGCUAAGGUAGUUUUACCUAAUACAUCUGUUUUAUACAUAGGUAUGCAAUGAAUAUUUCCGAGCAGCCCCUGAAGGCAUCAACUGGCCGUUAGACCGACCCUCCCCUCCACCCGGGCUCACCCAGCUCAGUGGCCCCGGCCGUCGGUCCUCAGAGUGCUCCCCUGGCAGACACUGAAUCACGCAGUUUUCUGUUGGUCCGAGAAUGGAGGAAUUGGCUAAGGAGAGUAUCAGUCUGCUGGCUUCAGCCUCUGCCAAGCCGCCACUGGACGUGGAGCCCCGGCUGGGCUCCAUGGGAGCCGUCUUUAUCAUGCUGAAAUCCGCUCUGGGCGCCGGGCUACUGAACUUCCCCUGGGCGUUCGAGAGAUCCGGGGGCAUCCGCAGCGCGGUCAGCGUGGAGCUGAUCUCUCUCGUGUUCCUGAUCAGUGGCCUCAUCAUUCUGGGUUAUUCCUCGUCCAUCAGUGGCCAGUACACCUACCAGGCAGUGGUGAAGAAGCUCUGUGGUAGGGCCAUUGGUCAACUGUGUGAGAUCUGCUUCGUCUUCAACCUUUUCAUGAUCUCUGUGGCCUUUCUGGUCAUAGUGAAUGACCAGCUGGAAAAGUUGUGUGAAACUCUGUACGAGCUGGUGACCGCUAUGCCAAAAUCCGAGAUGCCCUAUCACUUUUACACUGACCACCGAUUUGCCCUGGUUGUGCUCUGCAUCUUCCUCAUCAUGCCAAUGUCCAUCUCCAAGGAGAUCAGCAUCCAGAAAUACACCAGUGUUCUGGGUACCCUGGCUGCAACCUACCUGAGCGUAGCCAUAAUCAUCAAGUACUGCACCAUGCCAACUGUUGCAGAUCACAAAGCCCCUCUCUACUCAAGCGGAAUCAGCUCCUGGGCCUCGAUGUUCAGCAUGAUCCCGACCAUCUGCUUUGGUUUCCAGUGCCACGAGGCGUCCAUCGCUAUCUACAGCAGCAUGGAGAACCAGCGGCUCUCUCACUGGGCCUUAAUCUCUGUGGUCACAAUGAUCAUCUGUCUCAUCAUUUACUCCCUCACAGGGGUUUACGGAUACCUGACAUUUGGAAAGGCUGUGGAUCCGGAUAUUUUAAUGUCAUACUCCAGCUAUGACAAACUGAUGCUCUUUGCCAGGCUGCUAUUUGGCGUGUCCAUCAUCACCAUCUACCCCAUCAUUGUGCUGCUGGGCAGAUCGGUGAUUCAGGACCCUCUGCUGAGCCGGGUGAGGAGACGGGGCGGGGUGUUGAUGGCAAAGUUCGAAAGUCGCAGCCGGUACGUUCUGACUGUACUGUGGAUAACGACAACGCUGCUCAUCGCUAUGUUUGUACCAGACAUCAGUAAGGUCAUCAGUGUCAUCGGAGGGAUCAGUGCAUUUUUCAUCUUUAUAUUCCCAGGACUCUGUUUGAUGUUUGCUAUGCGAUCUGAGCCAGUAUCCUGCAAGACCAGAGUUACCCUCACGAUUUGGGGAGUUGUGACCCUGAUCUGUGGAGCCUUCAUUUUUGGUCAGAGCACCACCAUCGCUGUCAUGGAGCUCCUUGGAAAGAUCUGACUUCCAUGUGACACGUCAGGGUACCUUCCACGAAUAGGUUUGAAGUCAUUUGCUCUACCCUGAGGUCCGCUAUUAGUUUUGAAUGAUGGACAACAAAAACUGAACACACAAUUUUACAGCUUUCAGCUCGAUUUUCUUAUGUGGAUUUAUUGAUUGUAGUUGGAGUGUGACAAAGACAUUUCUGCUGCUGUUUCCAUGAUUGGGUGAAGUAUUUCCUGUGGUUUGUUGAUGCCCAUGCUGUGUAAUGUUUAUACUAAUUUUAUCAAGAAGAGGUCCAAACUUCAGUUGUACCAACCAAGCUUUUCUUUGCCAAUAUCGACUUUCCUGCCAAUUCUGAUAUUUUCUUUUCCUAAAGACUAUAAAAGAAAAAGAAAAAAGAAAAACUGCAGCAGGUGUUUUGAAAGAGGAAGGUGGAGUUGAUUCCUAGAGAAAAUAAAGGAAUUUCAGUCAUCCCCAUCCAUGCAUCAAAGCAUGUCAUUUAUGGAGGACCAAUCCUGCCAUAAUUAAGAAUACAUACAUAAAUAAAUAAAUGACUUAAUAAAAUAAUUACAGGGCCAAAACGUAGCUAGACAUAUAAAUUAGAGUGCCAUUAAAUGCAAUAAAGUAAUAAGAGAUUUAUUCAAUAAUAAAUCAGUCAUAUAUAAAUAUAUAUUUCUGUUUAAAUCUUUUAACUAUUGUAAUUUAUCUAUAUACGCUUAUCUUUUAUUUAAGCUCCCAAUUUUUAAUCAUAUUUUUUUUCAUGAACUCUAUAUUUUUCCUGUUUAAUACAUGAAUUUUUUGCUGUUUUAUUUUUCCCAGAAUCUUUAUUUAUUUAUCUUUUUUUACCAACAAAAUAUAUUUAAUGUUUUUUUUCUUCUUCGUUUUAGUGCCCUUUUAUUUCUUACCUAACAGAUUUCCCUGAGUGUAGAAGCUGAAGUUGCUGACCAAAUGUUUGUGGGAAAAAUAUUUUAACAAUUCCUUGAAGUUAUUGGAGUUAUUUCUGCACUUUUCAGGGAAGACAUUAACCUCAGUCAUAGCAAAUUUGCUAUGACUGAGGUUAAUUUAUAUGUGGUUAAUUUUUGAGGUUAAUUUCUAUGGAGGAAGCUGUCUUGACGUGCUGUGUGAAGCAGCCAAUCGGAUGUCAGUGUUUGAUGAGGAGCUGGCCUAAUCCCGCCCACUGAGUUUGAUGGGUGAAGUUGACAUUUUAAAUUAAUUCAUGAUGACCGUCAAUUUAUUAAUUAAAUAAUUUAAAAGGUUUAUUUAAUAGGACAUUUAACUAUUUUAUUAUGCAUUUCAUAAUUUAAUUGUAUAUUUAAUUAUUUAAUGAUUUAUUAAAUAAAUACAUGGUACAUUUAUUUCUAUAAUGAUAUAUUUAUUUAAUUCUGUCCCUUUUGGCCCUCCAUACUUGUAGUCCUCAACAUGCUGCUGGAAAUGUUAAAUGGAACUCAGUGGGACAGAGAUAGAGGGGGCGGUCUUUGGAACACCGUCACCACCUAAGCUUCUCUCCAAUUGGCUGAGGUCAAGCCAAUAGAAGAAGUAGGUGCUGAGUCUCAUUGCUGCCUGGUUCUGAAAAGGAGCUAGCAGCUGCUAACAUCUGUCAUGUUGUUGCUAAAGAAGUCAGGAGCGUUGUGGAUUUAGUGGGAGAUGGCGCUGUUAGUCGGAAUAGUUUUCUGUAUCCUGUUUACUCUGAGAGAAUAUUUCAGUCUGCCAAAGUAGUAAGAGGCAUUCACGUUUACGGACCCACAUUCAAAAUAAAUCAUGCCUCAGUGACUAACUGUAUUCCCAAUCUAACCAGAGUAAACAUUUUAUGAACUUUAAUGUUAAAUUUGCAUCUUUAAACAUUUCUAAUUAUACUUCUUGAAAAGACUCAGCUAUAUAUUUUUCAGAAAUAAAGUCUGGUAAAUAUGACCAAUAUCUGUCAUCAUAUUAAUAAUCUUAUUAAAGUAAAAUGUCAUUCAAGGGUGAUUUUGCUCGUCCUUGAAUGCCAGAAUCCAUUGGGUAAGUAAAUAAAACAGGGAUAUAUUAGAGGAGAAAAUAUCAGUGCUUAAGAAAUUAAAGGACAGUAAAAUUAUUUGGAAAAAUAUAUUUUUGAGGAAGAAAAACAUGUUUUAAAUAAAUUUUAGUGGUUAAAAAUAUAAAAGAAAUAAAAGAGCUAGGAAAAAUAAAAGAAGAAAAUUCACUUUUGUUUAAUAAAGGAAAAUUAGAAUUCUAGAAAAAGGUAUAAGUGGAAAUUGGAGGUUCAAAUAAAAAACGCAAAUAGAUAAAUUACAAAAGUUAAAGAUUAAAUUGAAAUAAAAAUGUAUAGCUCACUAAUUGAUGAAAUAUUGAAUACAUUUAUUAUUUUUAUUGUCUUGUUCAUAUUUAAUGGCACUCUAAUUUUAAGGUCCUGCUAAUUUUUGGCCCAAUAAUUGACUGUAAUUUAUUAAUUUCUGUAUGUAAUUUCAAUUAUGGCAGUAAUGGUCCUCCAUAUUCAUUAACCUUUGUCUGAUUGUUUAAUAUUAAACUCAAAAGUGCAUCAAAGUA